AUGUCGACGCGUCUCCCGGACAAGCUUCUGUACGGACGGCAACCUAGGACGGAUAUUUCGGUUCAGGAGAAAGGCGAAGUCGACUCAGACUUACGCUCCCUCAGCGACUGCGAAUCUGUCCGCCGUCUGGGUGACCCGCCUCCCGUUCGGGGUCGAGGCUUCUGGAGCAGAGGACCGAGAGUAGAUCCGGAUGCUAUUGCGACACAACCUUCGGUGUUUGACGAUCCGGUAACUCUGGAGUUAUACAAACCACCUGCUUCAUAUGAGAAUGCACAUCGGUUUGACCCCAACGCCAGGUGGACAUGGCGCGAAGAGAAGGCUGUUGUCCGGAAGAUAGACUUUCGUAUCGCCAUAUGGGCCUGUCUUAUGUUCUUCUCUCUCGACAUGGAUCGUCAAAACAUCAAUCAGGCGAAUACCGACAACUUCUUAGGAGACUUGGGUAUGACGACCGACGACUAUAACCUUGGGAACACCCUUUUCCGGCUGUCAUUCCUAAUAGCAGAACUUCCUUCACAACUGGUCUCAAAGAGAGUAGGCCCAGACAUCUGGAUACCUACGCAGAUGUCUUUAUGGAGUCUAGUAGCGAUCAGUCAAUUCUGGCUGAGUGGUAGGAAAUCAUUCCUUGCUACCAGAUUCCUCUUAGGAUUUUUACAGGGAGGCUUCAUUCCUGACGUGGUACUAUACCUCUCGUAUUUCUACACGAAAACCGAACUUCCCAUUCGGCUCGCCUAUUUCUGGGUCUCAAACUACGUCGACCAUAUUGUAGGUGCAUUCCUGGCUACCGGUCUAUUGAAGCUUCGUGGCGUGCAUGGCAGGCCGGGCUGGAGAUACCUGUUCCUCGUUGAAGGAGGGAUGACACUGCUUGUGGGGCUGGCAUCAUAUUUCCUUAUGCCUCCAAGUCCCACACAGACCAAAGCAUGGUAUCGGCCGAAAGGCUGGUUUACAGAGAGAGAGGAGGUCAUCAUGGUGAACAGGGUGCUGCGAGAUGACCCGUCGAAGUCAGACAUGCACAAUCGACAGGGUCUAAGCCCAAAAAUGAUUUUUGCCGCAUUGAAAGACUGGAAGAUGUGGCCGUUGUAUAUCCUUGGCCUGGUGCAUAUGAUCCCAACCGGACCACCCCAAAACUACCUAACCUUAUCUCUUCGUAAUCUUGGUUUCAACACCACCGAGUCCAACCUACUCAGCAUCCCAUCUACGGUCAUCGGGAUUCUCAUGCUGCUGUUUACAGCAUAUAUGAGCGAAAUAGUGGACAGCCGGGUGGCUUCAACAAUUAUUUUGCAGCUGUGGGCCCUGCCGCUCCUCAUUGCUCUUUACACGUUCAACAAGAACACUUCGCAAUGGGUGUAUUACGCCGUUGUUACUCUGAUCACAGGCUUCCCUUACGUCCACCCUAUCCAAGUUGCUUGGACAUCCAGAAACUCGUACAGUGUACGCAUGAGGACUGUGUCGGCGUCAGUAUACAACAUGUUCGUACAAGCCGGCGCUAUCAUAUAUGCUAACAUUUACAGGGCCGAUGACAAGCCGCUAUAUAAAAGAGGGAAUCGCGCUCUAAUCGGCAUUUGCUGCAUGAAUAUAACACUCUACAUCGGGACGUUCUUUUUCUAUCGCUAUCUCAACAAGCGUAGAGAAAGGGUUUGGAACUCCUGGUCUGAGAAGGAACGACAAACCUACCUAGAGACCACAAAAGACGAAGGAAACGACAGGAUGGAUUUCCGCUUUGUAUACUGA